UAACAUAAUACUAUCCGUGUAUAAUUUAUGGAAUUACCUCAAUUAUCUAUAAUUAUUGUUAUUCUUUGUGUGUGAAGUUUUUUUUUCCUUUGGACAGCAGUAUUUCGGGUAACUUCGCUGGAUAGUAAAACAACAUAAUGGAUUUCACACAACGUAUCGAAGAGCUUAUGUUUUUCCACCAUGGAGGGCCUCCUGUUGUUCGCAUGUGUCAUUAGCGACACGUUUACUCAGUGUUAUUAUGGAGCGACAUCGUGGCAAGCCUGUCGAUAGACAGGCGACAUUUGAUACAGAUGCUAAACACAAAGCAGGAAAUUUGAAACUGCCUAUUAUAGACACUAGUGCAGAAAUAAACCUGAAGCUUAAAUCUAAAGUUAAAUUAGGAGAAGCAAAAGACAAGAACGCCAAUACAAACUUUUCGAAGACAAAACCUGGUGUCUCUGUAAACGCCGCAAAAGAAGUAGAAGCUAAUAAACAAGCGCAAAACCUAGCUAUUGACAAAGGGCAACCUGAUAGCAAAUCGAACAAAGCACCGCGAGAUACGCAAGCAAAGCAAUCGAAUCCUGAAACAAAAGCUUACAAACUUACGGAAACAAGUAAAACUAAAAAUCUCCAACCUACGGUGAUCAGAGAAAACGAGACCCAAAAAACUGCUGACAAGGAUAAUAAAUUAAGUGUUUCUGCUGUUAAUAAGAAUACUGAUGUAAAAACGACUGAAAAUGUAACAGCCAAUACGACUCCUGGUACAAAGUCUACAUCACUAAGCAAAGCCAUUGCGGCAAAACUUGCAGCAAAGGAAACCGCUAAAAGAGACAGUAGUGACGAUUCAAAUAAUAAAGUAUCUGCAUCUAAUCCAGAUAAAAAGGAUUCAAAAGGUCCCAAAUCUUCUAACGUCAAGGUAGUUAAUCCAGAACCAGUACAAAGCGGGAGUAGCGUAACCAACGACCGGUCUAGAGCAGAGGCAAAACAAACUGUUUCAUCAAAAUCAUCUGUGCUAAAGGAUUUAAACCGCAAGCGAAGUAAAAGUCCUAUAAAACGAAUUCAAAGCCCUGACAACGAAAUUCCACAGAACAAAUCUCUCAACCAAAAGUCUAAUAAUAAAACAACAAAGGAGACAAUUGAAGAAACUAAUAUUAAAGGUGUCAAAGAUCGAUCUGAUCGUUCGCCAGCUCGGGAUAUUUCGAAAGGGAACAAAAACACAGAAAAUCAAUCUGCGUUACUAAAUAGCCCAAAACGGACCGAAGCAAAUGCAGGUGUAGCAAAAAAGGCCCAGCCGGAUAAUUUAAGCUCUUCACUUGAACAAACGAAAUUUCAGGAAGCCAGUCAAUUUUUGCACACAAAAAUAACUUCUGACGUUCAAGCGUCUAGCAAAGUGGAAAAUGAUGUAAGUGAAAACAAUCAUAAAAUACAAUUAUCUACUGAUAAUUUUACUUCACUGGCUGAUACUCAAACGCAUACCUAUGUAUUAUCACCCUCACAAACAAAAUUAGGAUAUAAUUCUCCUGUAACUGAACGUUUUUCAAAUAGACAAAAUCUAAGUCCGACAAAGGAAACAGAAGAACCAUUACAUGAAGAUACAAAUCCCGUUCCUGAAAAGCCGAAAAUGAACGGAAGAGAAUCGUAUGAGCAACUGUACUCAGAACGUAAUGCCUUGUUGAAAGCUGAAUACACAUAUAAAAAGAGAAUCAAACAACUUGAGGAUGAAGCAAAUGGAUUUUUAAAAGCUAUUGAAGACCUCACAUCUGAAAAUCGUCAUUUAAGAGACAGAGUUGACAAAAUUGAAGGUGGUUUGCAUAUCCAAGGUAAAGGAGAAAGCAAUGAAGACAAAGUUUCCAAGUUAGAGAGGAAAAACGCUGAACUUGAAGCAAAGCUUAAGGAACUACAGAGCAAACAAUCAUCUGACAGCGAAGAUCAUGUGCGAAAACUAAAGGAACAGGUUGUUCAGCUACAGUCUGACAAUCAGAAAUCCAAUGAUGACAAUAAGAAGUUGCAGGCAGUAAACGAAACUCUGUCAAAAAAACUACAGGAAAUGGAAACUGCAAACGCAACCCUUGCUAAACAAGAAAAUGAACCAAACACAAUUCAACCCGUUAGUGAUGAACAAAAGCAAAUAAGUAAAUCACUGAAAGAAUACAAAUCAAAAUCUGCCUCACUAGAAAAGAAAGUAGAUGCUCUUGAAUAUGAAAAUAAGGCUCUAUCAGAAGCUCUUGCACAAAAGAAAAAUGAGCUUGAUGAAAUACUUGGUGUAAUGAAGGACGAAAACAAAUUUGAUAAUGAAAUAAAAGAGCUUAAGGGUCAAGUUCUUAAACUAAAUAAAGAAAAACGUGAGAUAGAAAUGACCAAAAAUAAGGAAAAAAGAGUUAUUAAUGAAAAGCUACAGGACGUUAAAGCAGAACUGGAUAAAAAGACAUCUGAAUUUGACGAGUUAAAAAUUAAGUAUGAUCAAUUGGAAAAAGAGCAUAAAAGAUUUAAAUCGGAGAAUGUAAGUUUAAAAGCACAAACAGAGUCUUUUAAAACUGAAAUUGAACGUUUGAAAGCAGAAGUAGAACAAUUAAAAAAAGCACUUGAAGAAAGCAAUGCCAAAUACAAUAAGUUAUUAAAGGAAACCGAACAUGCAAACAAAGAUAUUAAUGAUGCAAAAAACGAGUUGGAGAAGUUCAAUAAAGACCUACAAUCUAUUGUAACUGAAAAGGAAAGUCAAAUAAGUAAGCUCAUUCAACAGUUAGAUUCAAUGAAGGACGACAGAGAUCGUGAAAGAAAGGCUCUUAAAGAAGAAAAAGAAAAACUAGGUGAGGAAUUAGAAAAGUCCGAUAAGAUUCAAUCAAACAGUAAGAGACUUGAAGAAGAUCUUAAAUAUUACACUGAAAGGCUUGAUGAGGCUAAAAUAAAAGAGAAGCAGUUGACACUUCAGGUGGAAGACAGAAAUUUUCAAAUUUCAAAUCUCGAACAACAGGUGUUUGAACUUAAUGUUAAACUCGACAAUAAUGCAAAACGAAUAAGUGACCUUGAUCGAGAGAAACGAGAGAUGGAACGGGAAAAACGUGAAUGGGAUGUAAAGAAAGAUAAAUUAGACGACAUUGAAGCAAGCAAUAGGAGAUUAAUUGAAGAAAAUAAGAGACUACGUGGACAGUUAGAGUUGAAUACCUUCCUAAGUGUCCCUGUACGACAUACAGAAAGACUUCCCGAAGAAAAGGGUGUUGUUGAAGCAUGGGUGAGUGAAAAACUGCCUGCAACCCAGCAGGCGGAUCAUGUGCAAAGAGAUAAAGAUAGGAAACGUGUACAUAUUGUGAAACCAAGCAUAGAAAAGAAACGUUUGCCAUUCAGUAAAUCUAGUCCGGCAAAGCCUUCGCGAAAAGAGGAACGAAAACAGGAACACAGAACAACGAAAUCGCCGAGCCGCAGUUUAGAGGAUUUGCGAAAGGCUUCAGAGACGAAAACACCAGAGUCAGAGCACAGCUUACCAGAACUGAAAGAGGCGAGAAUGGCGAUAGGGUACGGGACGUAUUCUGGGUACCGAGAGAUUCACGCAAAUAGAGUUCGUGCUGCACAUAAAAAAGUGUAUUAAAGCAAAAUGUGUAUAUAGCAUAACUUACUAUUUUAUGUGUUAACAAGUUUUCAUUGUGAUUUAAUGUAAAAAUGACAUCACGUGCUGGAUCGUUUAGAUUACAGUUAUGCCGGAAUAUAAUUAGAGAAAGUAUUAAAUGCUGUGAUAAUUAAUGUUAUUUUAACUUAAAUUGUAUAUAUCUCUCCUAUUAAACUUUGACAUUUUGAAAAA